AUGCGAGUCGCUCAAGUGGGCGCGUUCGUCACCACAAUCGCCUCCUUGUCGAGUCUCACGUAUGGAUACACGUUUUCCGAAAGCAACAAGGCUAUCAAGGCCGAGAGCGGGAUGACCAAGAGCUUGACGGAAAACCAAAAGAGCAGCAUCUACGGGGGCGAAGCAGCUGAUGUCAGCAAGUAUCCGUUCAUUGCCAGCCUCAGUGAUAGUCUCAGUGGCUCUACCUUUUGCGCUGGCACGCUCAUUACGCCGCAGUUCAUUCUCACGGCUGGACACUGCAUCACUAUCGGGAUUUUGCCCACGAUCGCCACCUUUGAGUCAAACCUGAGCUCAGUUGGGGAAGCCAAGGUCGGGGAACAGGAGGGCGUGGACUACAAAAUUGUUGCUGGCUUCCGUCACCCUUUGUACAAUAAGACGGCCCAUCUCUAUGACGUUGGCUUGCUCAAGCUGGAGAAGCCAGUCAAGCGCCCGACAGCAAAGCUUUGCGCCGGUGACGGAUCGGACAACCCGGUUGGUACGAUGGCUACGGCUUUAGGAUGGGGCAAGACGCCUGAUAACAAUGCCACCAUGAAUUCGUAUUUGGAAGAAAUUACGCUUCCCAUCAUCACGAACGCCGAGUGUAACAAGUUCAAACGGUACGUCGGUCGGAUCACGGAGGGCAUGCUGUGCGCUGGGGUUGGUGAUGGCAGGGACACGUGCAAUGGCGACUCGGGCGGUCCCUUGAUCGUGAAUGGCGAUACCCUUAUUGGGUUUGUGAGCUGGGGAAGCAAGUGCGGAGAACAGGCGGGUGUCUUUACCCGUCUCACCUACGUGAUGGACUACAUUGAGGGCAUUCUGAAUGGAGGUGAGGGCAGCGAGUAUGGUGAGGUGGAGCCUGGCUCGGAAAUGAUGCAGUCGAUUGCCGAUGCAAUGGCGACCGGUAGUGGUAGCGCCCAGGCUCUAACAGAUACUUCGAUUCCGAUGGAGUCUGGCUCGGGCAGCAUCGAUAUAGGUGCGAUGCUGACGGAAUUGCUGAAUGCGGGCAGUAGCCCAUCCGAUCUGCAAAAGAUGUUCAGCAGUAUGGGGAUGCAGUUGUCUGGAAGUGGUUCAGAGAGCGGAAGUGAAGACAUUGAUCAUGAGAAGGACCCCGAAGAUACGGACGAUGACGAGGAUUCUUUCGAGGCGACUUUGAAGAAAGCGGACAGUGAAAGCGAAGAUGCUGUGUCGGAAGAGGGCUCUGAGUCAGCAGGUGAUGAGCAAGAGGCUUUGAAGUCGGGCAGUGCGGAUAUGAUGCAGUCAAUAUCCGAUGCCGGCAGUGCCGAUUCCCAGGAUGUAACGGAGACCAUCGACGCAUCUGACUCGGGCAGUAACGAUAUAAGUGCGAUGCUGGCGGAAUUGUUCGGUGGGGGCAGUAACCCAUCUGAUCUGCAAAAGAUGUUCAGCGGCGUUGGGAUGCAGUUGUCUGGAAGUGGUUCAGAGAGCGGAAGUGAAGACACUGAUCAUGAGAAGGACCCCGAGGAUACGGACGAUGACGAGGAUUCUUUCGAGGCGGGUUUGAAGAAAGCGGACAGUGAAAGCGAAGAUGCUGUGUCGGAAGAGGGUCCCGAGUCAGCAGAUGAUGAGCAAGAGGCUUUAAAGUCGGGCAGUGCGGAUAUGAUGAUGCAGUCAAUAUCCGAUGCCGGCAGUGCCGAUUCCCAGGAUGUAACGGAGACCAUCGACGCAUCUGACUCGGGCAGUAACGAUAUAAGUGCGAUGCUGGCGGAAUUGUUCGGUGGGGGCAGUAACCCAUCUGAUCUGCAAAAGAUGUUCAGCAGUAUGGGGAUGCAGUUGUCUGGAAGUGGUUCAGAGAGCGGAAGUGAAGACAUUGAUCAUGAGAAGGACCCCGAAGAUACGGACGAUGACGAGGAUUCUUUCGAGGCGACUUUGAAGAAAGCGGACAGUGAAAGCGAAGAUGCUGUGUCGGAAGAGGGUCCCGAGUCAGCAGAUGAUGAGCAAGAGGCUUUAAAGUCGGGCAGUGCGGAUAUGAUGCAGUCAAUAUCCGAUGCCGGCAGUGCCGAUUCCCAGGAUGUAACGGAGACCAUCGACGCAUCUGACUCGGGCAGUAACGAUAUAAGUGCGAUGCUGGCGGAAUUGUUCGGUGGGGGCAGUAACCCAUCUGAUCUGCAAAAGAUGUUCAGCGGCGUUGGGAUGCAGUUGUCUGGAAGUGGUUCAGAGAGCGGAAGUGAAGACAUUGAUCAUGAGAAGGACCCCGAGGAUACGGACGAUGACGAGGAUUCUUUCGAGGCGACUUUGAAGAAAGCGGACAGUGAAAGCGAAGAUGCGGUGUCAGAACAGGACACCGAGGCAGCGGAUGAUGGGCAGGAGGCUGGCAAGUUGGGUCGUCAAGACUCGCUCGCUUACUUGGACAGUGGAACUGAUGAGGAACUUGUCGUGAAACCCCGUGAGUCGAGCAAGACAAUGGAGUCAGUUGACGAAGCUUCCGCUUUGCAGGAGGAGGAGACGGCGGAACAGACGGAAUUGGUCGGGAAGAGUGACAUGCAAGGUGGUGCUAAGUGA